GUCACAACGUUCUUCUUACGCUAUCAUUCAAUUCAAUACCAUUUCUUAUCUUUCUCAAUUUUUCUACAUUCUCUCAUUUCCUUUCUUCUUCAACCCUUUCUCUCUCUCUCUCUGAAUCAUUCCUUCUUCUUCUUCUUCUUCUUCUUCUUCUUCUUCUGCGCUUCGGACUCAGUUUCGAUUAUUAUGGCAUCGAAACGCAUCUUGAAGGAGCUCAAGGAUUUGCAGAAAGACCCUCCAACAUCAUGCAGUGCAGGUCCUGUGGCUGAGGACAUGUUCCACUGGCAAGCCACAAUCAUGGGACCGACUGAUAGCCCAUACGCAGGUGGUGUUUUCCUAGUUUCAAUUCAUUUUCCUCCUGACUAUCCAUUCAAGCCACCAAAGGUUGCUUUUAGGACCAAGGUCUUCCACCCAAACAUCAAUAGUAAUGGCAGUAUAUGUCUCGACAUUCUCAAGGAACAGUGGAGCCCAGCACUAACCAUAUCCAAGGUCCUUUUAUCAAUUUGCUCAUUGCUGACGGACCCCAACCCUGAUGAUCCACUUGUGCCUGAAAUUGCACACAUGUACAAGACCGACAGGUCCAAGUACGAAGCCACAGCUCGCAGCUGGACACAGAAGUAUGCCAUGGGAUGAUCAUGUUUGUCCUAGCUGUUCAAUAAAAGCAGUAGUGUCAUAAUUUAUGUAAAAGAGCUACAGAUAUUUUGAAUGAAUUUGAAAUGCUUUCUUUAUUGUUUAGUGGAACUCAAAGCUGGUAAGGGACCCCAGUUAUCAUUUGUGGAUAUUUCAUUGUAAGACACUUUGUGAUUGUGGAAACUGUAAUGUUAUGCAAAUUUUCUUCUGCUUGUUGACCUGA